AUGGAUUCGCGAGCACCGAACGAAUCGCAAUCUGUUAUCUUCCAGCACUCUGACUGGCCGAGCCUACCACGAUACGCAUCAAUGCCACCCAAGAGUAUUCCUCAAGCCGACCAGGAGAUCCAAUUCGUGGUUGCUACAAGCAGUAACCCAAACAAUGGAACCUCCGCCAUAAAUCGAAGGCGGAUCAGAUCGCAGGCGGCCACAAAAUCAUGGCCUGGAAGACGGCGGCGGAACUUCGAGCAACUCGAAGAGCUGAGCGGAAAGGUCAAGCGUCCAGCGCCCCUGCGAAAGACCGGCGAUGCCAAAGUGCAGAAGCACGCCGCCAAAGCUGGAUCCUCGACGAAGGCCGGCACCGAGCAGUUCACCGAGGGCAGUACUUGUGCUCAAUCAAGCGACGAGCUUUCGAGACCACGGCUUUCUCGAAGCUCUACUCUGUCCGCCGGAAGUUUGACCUCUGUGACAACCGUAGACGAACCAUUCGGGCCCGUGACUCCAAACUCACGCUUGAGCACUCCAUGCAAAUGUCCACAAUGCCGGCCUGACCAGAGUCUUUCCGUCCAGGAACAGAUCCGCGACAUUGUCAAGCACGGUCAUAAGCGAAAAGCGGAAGACGAAAUCAAGUGGGAAGGGAUCACACUCCCUGUCUCGCCACUGCGCUUGCCAGCCGCACCGUACAGCGGCAUGGCUGACCCAUACAACUGCGCUCCAGUACCGAGUAAGCCAUGGUUUGACAACGUUCUGCAUCAUAUGAUGACUGUCUUCGCACCUCGAGGCUGGCCUGCCCUGAGAAUUACAUACGAGCAAGGUCUGAUGUGGGAGAGAUUCAUGACGCAGCAUGCCUUGGCUGAGCCUGCACUGUUCUAUGUGCGCCUGCUGUUUGCAAGUGGAGAUAUGAUCCGGCUCGGUAUCCUACCACGAGAGACGUCAUAUUGGCUGCAAGCUCAAGCCAUCAGUGCCAUCAACGAGGCUCUUCAAGACCCGAAUCGUGCGUCUUCGGAUGGCCUGAUACUCGCGGUAGGACGUAUCGGGUUUCACGAGUCCAUGUAUGGAGAUCGGAAUGCAGCCAAUGCUGUGCAUCGGCCAGCUCAGCAGCGUAUGAUUCACAUGCGAGGAGGCAUGAAGGCGCUGGAAUUUCCAGAACUGGUGAAGCGCUUGAUGCGUCUUACAGAUUCGAUAAUGGCGAGACAGGGUGGUACUGUUCGAUUCAUUGAAGACGAUGAGCAAAGCACGAACUUCACCAUGACAGAAGGUGUAAGGGUCUUAGAAAAUUGGGUACCAAACCAAGGACAAGCACUACGGAGGUCAAUCAAGAUUGCUGAUAUCGUGAACGACUGA